GCCUGCCUGUCUGGAUCGUCUUUUCCUUUACAGAGUGGACACUUUGCAAGAAUAUGGGAUGAAUGCACACAGGAGGGUGACCUGACAAGAGGACGAACAUUAACAGUGACCCCUGCGCGUCCAUUGGAGUGAAAAAGUUGGCAAACUGACAGUAAAAGAACUACAAUCUGUUGAUAUUCUCGCCAGGACGACACUGUAUCGUACACGCUUCAUUUACUGGGUCUUGACUGAACAUUUGACUUUAAACCAAACUCCCCAAUGGGCUCACUGAAAGCAGAAACGGUUGUGUUGACACCACAUGGGACGAAGGACAAAAUCAAGAGCCCCAACAUGCCUGAGGUGACUGUUCGUCUUUUGAUCAAUUACAACAAGUCCCACAAGACUGUAGUGAGAGUAAGCCCACAGGUGCCCAUAGAGAGGCUUCUUCCAGUGUUAUGUGAAAAGUGUGAUUUAAGAGUCGAGACAACUGUCCUUCUGCGAGACGAUCGGUCCCAAGAGCCGCUGGACAUCAACAAGACUUUAAAUGAGCAUGGAAUAAGGGAAUUGUAUGCCGAAGGCCGAACCGAUAAAAAUCCGUUGGUUGAUCUAUAUCAACCCAGUACAGAUGCAGCAGCCAACAUGACUCCUGUACAACAUCUGGAAGACAUGUCCUUUAAGACAAAAAGACAACAGGAGAACUACAAAUUUCUCAGCUUGUUCGGAAGACCGAAGAAAAAAGCUGACAUGGAAAGGGCAGUAAGUCCUCUGACUUCUUCUGGUCUCCACAAACACAAGUCUGCCGAUGCAACAAAACAGAAUCUUUCUUAUCCACACACUCUGCGGGCAGAUAUGUUGAAAAAGAGGCAAGCACCAGCUCCCCCCAUGGGUGUAUCCCAGACCAUCCCCAACAACUUCAAUCACCUCAAAGGAUCACAGGGAUCUGCUGCCACAAACUUAAAAAGACCAAAAAGGAAGGCCCCGCCUCCUCCGAUUGUGAACACAUUACAGGACCUGCUGGUGGACACACCUGAUGAAGGUCAAAUGAGUGACCGUUAAACCUCUGGGUGAGUGCCUCGAUGACACAGAGUGGACCAUGACCUUGGUUGCACAUAUCCAUCCUCGCUCUGCCACAACAACAAAAUCCUUAUUCAACAACAUACAAGAUGCCAAUCUUUUCAGUUCCAGCUUCACCUCUACAUGAAGUGGAGCCAUCACAUAAAUUGUGUUCUGAGUGCUCGAGGUCCACUUCCAGAAGUGCAUUCUCACUUGUUUCUAGAAAGGUGCAAGCAAGUACCCACUAAGUGAUGAGUGACAAGGUGGGCACCAUGAGUGGGACAAUAGUGUAAUCAGGGUGUACAAGGAGGCCAUAAGAGCCCUUUUUAGACAAGUUGCUCCACUUCCUUUGACCACAAAAUAUGAAGUUUACUGACAUUGUGUUAAUGGUGAAGACGAUCACAUCAUGAGCAGCCAAAAUUGAAUGUGGCUGUCUCAAAGCUAGCUGUACCACAUGCUUGAUGCAAGGACACAUUGUGCAGCAAAAUUCAUAUAGUGGCGACUAAAGGCCACCCUCAGGGGGAUAAUCCAGAAGACACAAGCGAGACCGAGACAACAAUGUGAACCUGACAUGAACAACGAGAGCAGUGGUCAACAACCUUUUUGGGCCCAAGGUCCCCGGUCUCGGCCAUGAACCAGGGAAUCGUCACCUUUUGAUGCAAUUUAAAUAAAAAUACCAAAUUUCUUACAAAUCAAGGCUUUUAUUUGGCAAUAAUAGACGCUAGGGGUGUGGGGAAAACAUCGAUUCGUUGUGCGAUUCAGAAUCGAUUCUCAUUUUUUAAAAAGUCGAUUUUUGGGGGGAUUUUUUAAUUUUUUUAUUUUUUUUAUCAAUUCAACAAAUCAAUACACAGCAAUACCAUAACAAUGCAAUCCAAUUCCAAAAAACCGAACCUGACCCAGCAACACUCAGAACUGCAAUAAACAGAGCAAUUGAGAGGAGACACAAACACGACACAGAACAAACCAAAAGUAGUGAAACAAAAAUGAAUAUUAUCAACAACAGUACCAAUAUUAGUUAUAAUUUCAGCAUAGCAGUGAUUAAAAAUCC